GCAAGUACCUCAAGUACUCGCCUUCCUGUUUUUUGCGCGCCUCCAGCAUUUUCACCAAUCGCUAAUACCUGGUUUAAAACAGGCCACGAGUCUUCUUCGACUAUUCCGCGAAAUGUCACACCAAAUACAAGACGAGAUUCUGGAGCGUUCCACCUGGAGCAAGCCCUUGGAGUUCGUACUGUCCUGUCUCGGUUACGCCAUCGGUUUGGGCAACGUGUGGCGCUUCCCUUAUUUGUGCUACCGCAACGGAGGCGGGGCCUUCCUCCUAACCUACUGCAUCAUGGUGCUCCUCAUGGGCAUGCCCAUCUUCCUCCUCGAGCUCGUCGUGGGCCAGUAUUCGGGGCUAGGCCCCGACCAGGCCUACAGCAACAUCGCGCCGAUUUUCACCGGCUUAGGAUACUGCACUCUGGUGGUAAUCACGCUGAUUACUAUUUAUUACAUGGUGAUCAUCGCCUGGACCCUCUUUUAUUUCUUCGCUUCGUUCACCAGCGAAUUGGGCUUCGGUUCUUGCCACAACGACUUUAAUACAAUGGGUUGUUUCAGUGCCACGGAAGACUCCAACUGCUCCCCCGACCAAACCUACUACAACAAACAGUGUACUCUUGUGGAGGAAAUAUGCAAAGACCACGGUUUCGUGGGUGCCUUAGACAAGAGGUUUUGCCUCACCAGCAACGGUACCACCGUCCACAUUAACCAAGUGGUCAAUCGUACUUUAGCCACUUAUGAGUACUUCCGCGAUUACGUCCUAGGUUUGGGGGAUUCCACCUGGGAGGAGUUUGGAGGACUCAGAUGGCAGCUCCUCCUCUGUCUCCUACUCGCAUGGAUCAUCGGUUUUUUCUGUGUCAUAAAAGGCGUCAAAACUUCCGGAAAAGCCGUCUACUUUACCGCUUUGUUCCCCUACGUGAUUCUCACAGCUCUCGUGGUACAAGGAGCCAUCCUUGAAGGUGCCGUCGACGGCAUUCUCCUAUACUUAACCCCCAGAUGGGAAAAAUUGCAAGAAGUAGACGUUUGGGCCAACGCAGCUUCGCAAACUUUCUACUCGUUUGGAAUAGGUUGUGGCUCUUUAAUAACCCUAGCUUCUUACAACGAUUUCAAGAACAAUUGUGUCAAAGACGCGCUUAUUGUCACUGCUACUAAUGUUUUUACGUCGAUUUAUGCUGGGUUUGCGAUUUUCUCGAUGUUGGGUUUUUUGGCGCACCAGAUGGGGGUUCCAGUGGAAGAGGUGGCUCAAGACGGGCCUGGGUUAGCUUUCGUGGCGUACCCUGAAGCUAUCUUACGACUACCGGCACCGACGGCAUGGGCUGUAGCGUUUUUCUUCAUGUUGUUUAUUCUGGGUUUGGGUAGCCAGUUCGCGGGGAUCGAAGCCAUCAGGUGUCUCAUUCUCGACAGGUGGCCGUACAUGAGGAAGUACCAAAUUUACGUAACACUUGUUAUCUGUGUGUGCUGCUUCAUCCUCGCCAUUCCUAUGUGUUUCGACGGAGGCGUCUAUCUUUUCACCCUCAUGGAAUGGAACACGGCUUCAUGGGCUAUCCUCCUGAUUGGAGUAGCAGAAGUGGGAGCCGUCUCUUGGUUCUAUGGGUGCAACCGAAUUUUAGACGACAUGGCCAAAAUGGACAUGAAAUUAUCAAAACCGUCGCGGUGGUACUGGUGGGUUUGUUGGGUCAUCAUCACACCACUAACCCUUCUGGGAGUUUUUGUUUUCCAAAUGGCGACAUUCACAGCUGCAUCGUACGAAAACUACGUUUUCCCAUUAUGGGCAGACUCGUUGGGUUGGAUGAUGGGGUUGUCCACCUUGGCACCAUUCGUGAUAUUCGUGGUCAUGGUGUUAUGGAAACGAGAACACACUGGUUGGAACCUGUUCCGACCGACUUCAAACUGGAAGGCACAAAUCACAAAAACUGAAAGUAACCUCACACUAACAAAAGACCAAAUAGGAGCAUAGACUGACAUGAACAACAAAUCUAAGAAAAAUAUUUAUUUUGUUCAAUAAAAAACUCAAUUUUUCUAGUUGAUGAACGGUAAUCUAAA